AUGAAAGUACUUGUUGUCUUGGCACUUUUACUGGCCAUCUCUCAAGCUUUUCCGUUUAUUGGGAGCUGGGGUCGUCCAGUAACUCCAGAUGGCGUAAAGGUUCACGAUGAACAUGUCACGCCAGACAGCGUUGGAAUCGAUAAACCACUAAUCACUCCGGACAGUGUUAAUGUUCAUGGCAGACUGAUUACUCCAGACCCAGACAGUGUUGCGGUUAGCGGCAGACCGAUCACUCCGGACAAUGUUAAUGUUCAUGGAAGAGCAAUCACUCCGGACCCCGUUGCCGUUCACGUACGCCCAGUUACUCCAGACCCCGAAACCGUUGCCGUUCACGGCAGACCGAUCACUCUUGAUAGUGUUCACGUUCAUGGCAGACCGGUUACUCCUGACCCCGACACCGUUGCUGUCCAUGGAAGAGCAAUCACUCCAGACACCAAUAGCAGCAUUUCAAUCAAGGACAGACCAAUCACUCCGGACCCUGAUAGCGUUGCGGUUAACGGCAGACCGAUCACUCCGGACCCUGAUAGUGUUCUCGUCAAUGGAAGACUGGUCACUCCGGACCCUGACAGUGUUGCCGUUAAUGAUAGACGAAUCGCUCCUGAUAGUGUUAAUAUUCAGGGCAGAGCGAUCACACCGGACCCCGACAUAGUUGCGGUUAACGGCAGACCAAUCACUCCGAACCCCGACAGCCUUGCAAUCAACGGCAGACCAAUUACUGCGGACCCCGACACCAUUGCCGUUCACGGACGUCCGCUCACCCCGGACCCCGACAGUGUUGCGGUUAACGGCAGACCGAUCACGCCGGACCCAGAUAGUGUCCUUGUCAAUGAACGACCAAUCACUCCGGACAACUUGGUUGCCAACAACAGACCAACUCCUUCUUCCUUUCGUCAAUAA